AGUUAACGAGACUAAUAGCGAUUUGUUGCGUUUAACUAUGUGUCACACUCUAGAAAGGAAUUUUAAAGUCUCAGCUGUGGUGUUAAAAUAUGUUUAUCUCUCUAUGCAUGAAGUAAGUAACGUUACAACAAAUUCUCACCUUAACGUCACUUGCUAACUGACGGUAGAUGGCACGCUUGCGCUGUGUUUUGCUCCACUUGUUAUCCCUGUUGUCCAUGGAUGGAGCUAGGUUAGCUUAGCUUAUUUAAACUCUCUGACUGUGUUACUGUGUCGUUCUCGGUUUGUCUCAUGAAGUAGGAUACGGACUGAACUGCGGCGUGUAAAACAGUGGCUCUCCCAGCGUACUCCACCAAACUGUUAGCUAGCACAACGAGCGAAUGACUAAAAAGUAAUUCCUUUAAAAAUAAAACGGUUGCAAAAGAUGAAGUAUGUGUAACGUAAACCUGGGAUAUAGCUGCGUGCCACCCCGACGAAGCUGUCGUGUUCACCGGUUUAUCCAGAAGUUGAAUUCCCAGCAGUACCAUGAAUGCUGAGGGAUAUAAACAUGAUCCACACUACACACAAGCAGAGAGCCUUUGGCAUGGGAUGCAGAAGUCAGAAAAUCUGGAUCAGAGGAGCAAAGAUGGUGAUGGCUGGAAGCUGGUGGAUGCGUUUCUUUCAGGAGGAGCACCGUGGGGAUUUACACUGAGAGGGGGACUGGAGCAUCGAGAACCUCUGCUCAUAACCAAGGUUGAGGAGGGCAGCAAGGCAGCAGCUGUGAGUCUCCAGGUGGGAGACGAGCUUGUCAACAUCAACGAGAUUCCCCUGAGUGGCUACAGGCAGGAGGCAAUCUGCCUAGUCAAAGGCUCCCACAAGACCCUCAGUCUGGUGGUGAAAAGGAAUAUGAAAAUGGUGGAUAUUGUAGCUCAGAAAAUGCCCUCUGAGAAUGACGUGCAUGUGGCAAGAAGUUUUCUUACGAAGAUUUUGCGAAGUUCCAUGAGAAAGAAUCGCUUUAAAGGGCGGAAUGAACCCAUAAGCAGGCCUCACUCCUGGCACUCCACCAAGUUCAACGACAACCAAUCAGAGACUGCCAAAACACAGUCUCCACCCACGCAAGUCUGGCACACCAGAUAUGAUGCAAGCUCAUCCUCAACUGAUCUCUCCUCUGGCUGGGAGCAAACAAACCUGCGCAGAGUGUCCGACCAGUUCAGCUCUCUCGGCAGUAUGGACAGUCUAGAACAUGUCUCGCACCCGUACCCUGCCGGUCAGCUGUCACCUGCCAAGUCCAACAACAGCAUGGAGCAUCUUGGAGGAGGGAAACGAGACUCAGCCUACAGCUCCUUCUCCACCAGCUCUGGUACACCAGACUAUACCCUCUCAAAGAGCAAUGCUGCCUCGACAGAGAACAUGCUCUAUAAAGUCGGUCAGUGGGAUGCAGCAGGAAAGCACAACAAUGGCAGAAACAGCCAGAGCCUGAUUGAGGGAGUCAAACUGGACGAUAGGGUGGCAUACUUCCAGAUGCCAGGCGUUAGCUCAGGCUGCGCGGGUCAACAGACUGAGGACUCUGCCGGCUCCCGCCAUUCCACUUCAAGUAGAACCAGUUUAGGACCUGUUUGGCAUGUCCCUGAAAAAAAGAAGACUGCUUCCCCCUCUCCUCCCCCUCCCCCUCCACCUGCACGUAGUGACAGUUUUGCUGCGACAAAGGUACAUGAAAGGGGGCUCAUUAUAGCUCACCCUGAAGGACCUGAAUCCUAUGUCCCCUGUAAGACUUCCACUGAAAAUCGCCGCAGCCACAACCCAUCCCUGAAAAAUGACAGCGACGGUGUUCACACUUCAUCUGAUAAAUCGAGUCAUAACCAGUUCAGCUCAAACAAGCAGUACUCCCUGUCCAGCAGUGAUGUUCACCAAGGCCAGCCCUAUCAUCAAAGAAAUCAUAGUGACAAAAGCACUUUUUCUCAGCCCUGGGCUAUGUCCAUACCAAAGCCGCAGAACGUAGCUGGCUACUAUAGUAGCAUGCAGGAACUUCCUACUAAUGGUUCUGCACAACACUUUGGUCAGAACCAGAGAAGGAACCUAAGCACCUCGUUGUCUCCCACUGCUGCUGACCAAAACACGGACAGCAGUGGACAAAGCCGAUACUACUGUGUCACAACAUGUCAGCCCACGCAGCACAACCCUCAGCCCUUGUCAGGAAAAUCAGAGGACAGGAAGAGUAUCACAGGCGUAGACCUGGCACAAGCUGGAAAUGAGCGGAACUCUCUUAGCCCACAGACAGUCACCCAAGUGAAGUAUCAUAUGCCCCAACAGCAGCAACACUCUCUCACUCUCUCUCACUGUAAAGACAGUAAUGGAUACAGCAAGCACCAAGUUACUACUGUACUAGAAACCUCUGUACCCAAAUCCAGCUCUGAUGAUAGUGGAAGCCAGAGAGGACACAACGCACAAAAUGCGGAAGCCCAGUUCAUGAGUUAUCCUCCUAGCAGACCGUCUGAACAGCGGAGGUCUCUGCCACCACAACUUAGAGAAUUACCCCAAGACAUAAGACAUCACGGCCAAGUGAGCAACAAGAUCUGCCCCCAGAUAACCCCCAUGCUUCACUCUCUAUCCAUGGAUGCUGCAGGCCAAGAUGAGAAAACAAGAGGCCCAGACUCUGAGGAGUCCCUUGAAAGCAAGCAGUUGAGGCGCAGCGACCGUUUUGCUACCACAUUAAGGAAUGAAAUCCAGAUGAGAAGAGCUAGGCUGCAGAAAAGUAUGAGUGCAGCUACCCUUCCUGUUACUGAGGGUGAGACUGAAGAUGAUCAGGAUGUCUGGAAGUCCACUGAAAGCACCACCCCGACCUCUGCAGGGGGCUCCUUCACCAAUUCCUACAAGGACAAUCUGAAGGAAGCACAAGCAAGGGUGCUCAGGGCUACGUCUUUCAGGAGAAAAGACCUGGAGCCUGUCCUACUGGAGCACCCUGCAGCUGAGGCCUUACCUAACUACCCAUCCUCAGCGUUGGCCCGGAAAGAUGUCACCCCUCUGCCAACAGUCUCAGAGUCUGUAAUGAGUAAGUCGGGUCCUGGCAGUGGUCAGGUAACUCGCAUUGGUGGCCGUAAGCGUUUUCCUACAGAAAAGAAGGUAAGGUGUUUCUCUGAACCAGACAAAAUCCACCAAGUUGGGGUUAAGGAAGAUCUCCCUCGCAAUGGAAGCUCCUCACUAGACCAACAGAAGCUCCUUAAAGAAAGUGGGAAACCUGUUUUCCCCAAUCACAUUCCCCCUCCAUGUUAUACAGAGACCAAGGCCCUAAGUCUUUCCUCCACCAGUGAAACUGAGAUCACAAUGAAAAGCAUCAGGAGCAGAGAGUACACUGAAGAGGUCCAGGGAGGUCCUUACUCUGCACACAAGCAGUUCGUCUUAGACCAGCAAAGACUGGGCACCUUUGCUGAGUAUGAGGCAAGGUGGAAUAUAGAGAAACCCCCAUCAGAAACAAGAGCCUCCGGUCGGUACCGGUCAGCUGAUAACAUCCUGGAUCCGGGACCAGAGGAGAGAACCAAAACCACCUGUUUCCACGAGAGAUCCCGAUCAUCUCCUUCAACUGACAUCUAUGGACAGAAGAUUCAAGUUCCUGCAAGAAAGUCAGAGACGGAAUAUUCCCAGACGGAGAUUAAACCAGCUGAACUGCUCAACACUGCCACAGUGUUCUCUGACAGAGGGCCGGGUGACUGUAAAGCGAGAGAAAAGCCUGUGGAGUUUGAACAUUACUCAGCGCCACCUACUCCACCCAUGCACCCAGGAACCAACCCUGACUGCAGACACAGAGCUGCUCCUGCCACCGUGAACCACAGACCCACGUCUAUCUCCCAUAGUCUCCCAGAGUCUGGCCUCCCUCAGCCUGAGGAGCGAAGCCACACAGAGCCGCCACCGUCUGGGCCGAGGAGGAAGCCCUCUGCGCUGGAGAAACCUCCCCCACCCAAAUGCCCAGAGGUCGACUCCCAUGAGUCCUUCGCCGGUUCCCAGAGUGAAAUCUUCACCCACUGCUCUCCUACCACUGACCCGAACUCCGCCUUUGUCCCCACCCACUCUGCAAAGGGACAUUCUGAGCAGGGCAAAGGACUUGUGGACAAAGGACAAGGGGCAGGACAUCAUCUAUCAACAUCCAAUCCUCAGCCUGCCUCCUCUCCCCCGGCUUCCUCCUACAGACCUUCAGGGCUGGACACUAUGGAGGGACCGCGCUCUCCAUCUCCACAGUUUUCCCCACAGAGACUCAGUGACAAGCCUCCGGUCUCUCUACAGGAUGAAGACUCAAACAGUAUGGAGCACGUGAUAGAAAACCAACAUUCUGCAGUGAAGAAAGUGCCCAUCAGGAUAAUCCACUCAGAGGAAGUCACAGAGAAGGAGAAGUGUCCAUAUUUGCAGCACAGUGACCCCCCUGCUGUUGAAGCUGAGGGUCCUGGUGUAACCCUGCUCGGCAGUCUGGGAGCUGCAGGGCAGGACUCAGUCUUCUGUGCAUUCACUCGGCAGAGGGAGCCCGACAGCACUCCGGCCGCUCAGACAGACCCAGAGCCUCAGAGAGACGCGUACAUGACCACUGUUGGAGACCACAUCAACUCUAAGAGUCAGCAGCCACCACAGCCCACAGACGAGCCCUGCAGCAACGGGGCGACAGUAACCACGGGGCUGUCGGAGGAUCAGAAGAGAGAGGAGCUGGCCAGGGACAUCAUGGGCAAGGAUAAAUCACUAGCUGAUAUUCUGGACCAGAGCAAGAUGAAGACCACCAUGGACCUGAUGGAGGGUAUCUUCCCUCAGGGGGAGCAGCUGUUGGAAGGAGCUCACCAGCGCAGGAAGAUGCCCCUGAAACAUCCAGCCAGCCGGCCUGCUGAGGACAGGGAAAAGGAGGACAGCAUGGCAGCAGCUGUCACCAUGGUGACCAGCUCGACAUAUUACAGCACAUCUGCUCCCAAAGCUGAGCUCCUUAUUAAGAUGAAGGACAUGCAGGAGCAGGAGGAGGAAGACUCUGAAGACGAACUGGACAUUGAUCUGGCCAACAAGAAGCAAGAGCUGAUCGACAGCCUGAGCAAGAAGCUCCAGGUGUUGCGCGAGGCCCGGGAGAGUCUUCAGGAGGACGUCCUGGACAACAACGCUCUGGGAGAAGAGGUGGAGGCCCGAGUCCAGCAGGUCUGCAAACCCAACGAGCUGGACAAGUUCCGGAUGUUUGUCGGGGACCUGGACAAGGUGGUGAGCCUGCUGCUGUCCCUGUCGGGCCGCCUGGCCCGAGUGGAGAACGCCCUCAACAGUCUGGAGGAGGACGCUACUGCUGGGGAGAGGCGUACGUUGAUGGAGAAGAGGAAGCUGUUGAUACGACAGCAUGAGGAUGCCAAGGAGCUAAAGGAGAACCUGGACCGUCGGGAACGCCUGGUUUAUGACAUCCUGGCCCACCACCUGCCUGAGGACAGCCUCACAGACUACGAGCACUUUGUCAAGAUGAAGUCUGCGCUCAUCAUCGAGCAGCGCAAGCUGGAGGAUAAAAUCAAACUGGGCGAGGAGCAGCUCAAGUGUCUGACGGACAGUCUGCCGAUAGAGCAGAGGCUGACCUUGUGAAGAAGCUGGACACUUAGCCCAAACUGUCAUGAGAAAGAUUUGUUGCUCCAAGUUGCAGUUGAGCCCCGUGUCCAACAGAGGGAGACAGAGAUGAGGAAUCUGCAGAGACAAACGGCCUCCCUACGUCACAUCUUUCUCAACUCAACUGCUAUAACACCACUCGGACUGACAGCAUCCACAAGUCACUCCCUUUGUGAAAGAUGCUUCAACCAACCACUGUUUCUAAUGUCUUUCAUGACAUUUUCUUGCUUUGUUUUUAUUUUCAUGGUUUUUUUUUUUAGUAAUUUAUUGUAGCCUUUUGAAUCUGCACAGGAGGGGCAGUAUUUUAUCUUCAGCUGAUUUGAGCAGCCAUGCUACCUGAUGUGUGUUACACGCUGAGCAACUAGGAGUAUUUAUCAUGCUUAAAUAAUUUCACACCCCGAAACCCUUUUCACUCAACCCAUCAAAUCUGGCCCAAUAUUUCACUAAACACAGGUUUUGAAACUAGUGGCCUUUUACUAAGAUUUUUGUGCCCUGGCUUUUUUCUCACUGGAGAACCUUUUCUUCUGGAGAGAGAGAGAGAGAGAGAGAGAGAGAGAGAGAGAGAGAGAGAGAGAGAGAGAGAGAGAGAGAGAGAGAG